UAGAGACAAAUGUACAUCAUCGUGUCGAACAAUAAUGGCGAAUGAGAUGUGUCUCACAUCGUAGAACGUUUCCUUGAGUGCGAAGUUGGCACUAGUUAGUUCUAUUCCGACGCCAUACAGAUUGCACUUUUUUGUUGGUUUCGAUAGACGGUGUAGAUUUAGGCGUAAGAUAUUUCUGGAUUUGGUAUUUGGAAAAUGUCUUGUAUAAUUUCAAAGUUCGAAUGUUGAACAUAGUUUCGAUAUGCCUGUGACGUAGUUAUCAAAGUUUGGAUUUCACCGGGACACAGUAUCAGGUAGAGUGUUUGCAGCUUUUUCGAGAAGUUUAGAUCGUGCUACAAUAUCAACGACAUAUGAACCCAUGGCUGUAAAUCAAUGCAUUAUUAACGAAGGAACAGACGAUGAAUUGAAAUGCAGGUCUUACAGAGAAACAUACGAAAGAAAAGCAUUAUAUUAUUUGUUGACCAUUUGUACACUCGGAUUGGUUCUUCUUAUAUUUUAUUGGAAACCAGAGUGGAGGGUAUGGGUACGAGCUCGUGCGAGUGAUGUUGACAGAGCCACACAUUUGGUGCUUCAUGAUAAAUAUCAAAGAAACCACGUCAAAACAGUGAAAAGGCUUGAUCCAAUUGAUUGCUCGCAAUUUCGAAAUGGUGACAUCACUACGGAUAACGCGAAAAGAGAAGAUCAAGAAUCGAAACAUGACGAUGCCGUCCCAUACUUUUCUCUCUCCAGCAUAAGCAAAAAUGGACUUCAGCCCACUAAAUAUUUUGAACAUAAAUUUCAUAAAUAUUUAUGGAGACAUGACACCUUUGUACCGUUGAGAGGCCUUGACUGUGACACAACAAUCGAAAAAAUGAAAGAGAUGAAAUCAGGAUUGAAUGAAAGUGAUAAACCAGAUCGUCGAACAUUGUUUGGCAUCAACACAAUAACAAUUGAAAUUACUCCGAUUGUCGUUCUUCUGUUUCGCGAGAUCCUCAAUCCAUAUUAUGCAUUUCAACUUUUUGCUGUCGUUGUGUGGUGUGUGGGUGAAUACUACAGUCUACCAGCUGUUAUAGUAGUUAUGUCGACUGUAUCAAUCACAUUAUCAUUAUACUUGACGAGAAAGCAAGAUAUUAUGAUUCACAAAAUGUCUUCUGGUUCGGGAACAGUUCGUGUAUUAGUAGGUGACAAAUUUGAAUCACGUGACAGCAAGUCUUUGUUACCUGGUGACGUCAUAGAGAUAGGGGACAAAGUUGACACACUUUGGUGCGAUUGUGUUUUGUUGUCGGGAAAUUGUGUUGUCAGCGAAAGCAUGUUGACAGGUGAAAGUGUUCCCGUUCUGAAAACUCCUCUCGUGUCGUCUACAACUGAAUUUGGAAUGGAAUUCUUCGAUCCUAGUCGACAUAAACAACAUACAUUAUAUGGAGGAACUAAAGUUGUUGAUGUUCAACAUCAUCAAACAAAUAAUCUACCAAGCGCUCUUGUCAUUCGGACAGGUUUCUACACCGAGAAAGGGAAAAUGAUUGAAUCAAUGUUAUCACCGAGUCCCAUGGAUUAUAAAUACUACAAUGACAGUCUCAAAUUCAUACUUGUUAUGCUACUACUGGGAUUAUUUGGUGCAAUUCUGGCAAUCGUCUUCUUAGCUUCUCUCGGGGCGCCAGCUUCUUUCAUAGUAAAACGAGUACUGGAUCUUAUAACAACAAUAGUACCACCUGGGCUACCGGCAGCUUUGACGGUUGCCACAAUAUAUGCCCAGAGAAGACUAAGACUUGCAAAAAUAUUCUGCAUAUCUCCGCCACGAAUUGCAAUCAGUGGAAAGAUCAAUUGCAUGUGUUUCGACAAGACUGGAACACUUACUGAAAAUGAUCUUAAAUUAUGGGGAGUUGUUCCGUGUAAAGGGAUCGAACAAGACAGCACUCAACAAAUUGCAUCAGCCGAAAACGAGCCAUCAUUUUAUGAUGCAAUCCACGAUUAUGAGAAGCUUCCUCAAUACGGAAAGACAGGCUUAGAAUGUUUAAACGCUCUUGCAUGCUGCCAUUCUCUCGUUACAAUUGAUGAUAAAGUAACUGGGGAUCCGGUCGACCUCGAAUUAUUUCAAGCCACUAAAUGGUGCUUGAACCAAUCGACGGAAAAAUGGAGUCAAGGAUGUUCAUGUGUGGUUGCUGCCGAUGACAAUAACUUGGCAAAGAUUGCUAUUGCUCGCGUCUUUCAAUUCAAUUCGGUGAUGCAACGAAUGAGCGUCAUUACAAAGUUACAAGGAGAUGAUAAAAUGCAAAUUUAUGUAAAAGGAGCUCCUGAAACAAUAAUUACAUUAUGCAACCAAAAGUCAGUGCCUGCAAACUUCAAGCAAAAACUUCAAUUUUACACAAAACAAGGUUACCGCGUGUUGGCGCUAGCACACAGAACUUUGGAGAACCCUAACAAUGACAUUAGCAUUAUGGAAAGAAACAUUGUUGAAUCAUCCCUCAAUUUCUUGGGUUUGGUUGUCAUGGCAAAUCCUCUGAAACCACGUACCACGGAAACGAUUUCUUCUCUGAAAACGGCUAAUAUAAGAACAGUCAUGGCUACAGGAGACAAUUUAGAAACUGCUUUAUAUGUUGCAAAGAAAUGUUGCAUGAUUAAUGAAGCUGAUAAAAUUGUUAUCGUCGAAGCAGAAAUUGAAGAAAAUACAGGGGAUCUGAAAAUAUCGUGGAAUCUUGAUUGUACACGGAGAGGAAUAAAAACAAUGAAUCCAAGUCACUCUAAGAAAACUGCUAUUGAAAUAAUUGAGUCACAACUUGCUCCUACAUAUCACCUCGCUUUGACUGGUAAAACGUUGGUAUUACUUCGGGAACAUUCAACAAGAUUAUUCUACCGAGUACUUGUCGGAGCUACUGUGCUUGCACGAAUGAAACCAGAUCACAAAAGAUAUCUUGUUGAAGGACUACAAGAAAUGAGUUACAUCGUCGGAAUGUGUGGUGAUGGGGCAAAUGAUUGUGGUGCGUUGAAAGCAGCUCAUUCUGGUAUUGCUAUUGCUGAAGCUGAAACUUCAAUUGUUGCUCCAUUUACUUCUAUGAGGAAAGAUAUUUCAAGUUGCUUGAAACUUAUACGUGAAGGCAGAGCGGCACUGGUGACUUCAUUUGGAAUGAUCAAAUAUCUUUGUGUUUACUGCUUCGCUCAAUAUCAUUCUCUUCUUAUACUAUUUACCAUAAACUCCUACUACAGCGAUAUGCAGUUCACUUUUGCAGAUGUUGGGCCCACGGGACUUGUGACGUUGUUUUUUGCAGUCGGUGGAGCUGCUAAAAUGUUAUCCAAAAAACCUCCACAUUUAUCUUUAGUUUCACCGAUUAUGCUUGUUUGUUUGUUCCUACAAAUAGCAUUGUUGAUUUUAUUUCAAGUUUCAUCAUUCGUUCUUCUUCAAAAUCAGUCCAGCUGGUACACUAGACUGGAGCCAAAUAUGACUCAUCCAAAAGAUAAUAUUCUUUGUGCAGAAAACACAGUGAUGUUUUAUACGUCCAUUUUCCAAAAUAUGAUGUUAGCGUUCAUUUUCUACAAAGGUCGUCCACAUCGUCAACCACUGUAUAGAAAUGUGCCUUAUUUUGUUGGUUUUCUUCUAUUGAUGAUUUGGUUCGGAAUUUUAUUUUUCGCGAGGAUUCCCGAUGUUGAUGAGUUUUUUGGAAUUACGACAUUGAAUAACGACAAUGUUGGAUUUAAAUUCAUGUUAUUAUCUUUAUACAUUGCAAACCUGAUAUGUGCCAUUAUAGUCGAGAAAUUUCUCCUUGAAUCUGAAUAUUUCAAUCGAUUGCUGAAGAAAAUCUUUCGGAAAUGUAUCACAAAAUCACGUCCCAGAAAUAACAGAGUGAAUGAAGACCAAGUUGAAGAUAUACACUAUCUCAAAUUACAAACAGACUUGAAGCUUGAUUCAAGUUGGCCGCCAGUAGGCCAGGAAACCAUAAUUAGAACGUAGCUUAUAGCAUUAAACGACAAAUCUGCAUAGCAUGCUCUUGAACCCUAACUAUUGUCUUCAUUUGUUUUUGUUUUCUUCUUUAUUUUUCCUCUUCCAUCCACCAAUAUUGCCUUACUACAGCUUUUCGAUUUUAUGCAAUUUUCAUUGUUCUAUUUUGUAAGAUAUUCAAGCAGGGAAGGGGUGAAAUAUUAUAUAGAUUUACCACUGCCGCGUUCUCAUUGCCAGCUAUAGUUAUUAUUCCCUUUUACUCAGCAUUUUUAUAGCCGGCAGACUUGAAACCAACAACAGCGCAUGAGCGUUAUUUAUGAAAUGUGAAUCCGCACGGGACUAAGAUUCAACACACUUUUACCAUAUCAUUUCCCUGUCUGGAUUUGGAUUACAAGUUGAGACUACAGCCCAAUUUUGUUCUGUUUUUCUUUUCUCAUUCUCAAAUAUGUUCCCAAUAUUUUUGUAAUAUAAUAUUCAAUUCUUCUUACUAUACUUUUAUAUAAAAAUGUAUUUUUCAAUUCACAAUGUUGCAGGCUUUUGUCGAAAAUAAAAUUGAAAUAAAUAUG